AAACAUCGCAGUGGCCACCGAAGUGGCAGAGACAGAGGCGACAGUCGUGAGAAGAUCUGACGAAGUAUAGUAUCCUUCAAAUGCAGAUAAGUUUCGUUAUUGGUGAGCUAUCCUAGACGGAAAGUUCAAGUCUUGUUUACAAAUCGCCUCACUAGUUAUCUCAAGGCCUCACGAUGAAGACCACCGAUCGGAUAAACCUCUGUUUGUGCGUGUAAACAUUUUACAACACGAGUGAAUGAAUGAAACUGACCUAAUGAUGGUAGUUAGUUAUUGCGGCGCCAGAGUUGUGGAAUUCUCACAGAUAAAAUGAUGCGCUCUUCUACGCGAUCACCGGUGAUUUUGCUGCUAUUUUUGUUAACGGUACCUAAACUCUCAAAACCCUGUAUUCAACUGCUCGAUGGCUGGAAGCAACUAAGCGCCGGAGAGCGUGCUAAACUUGUCCAAGUGGUGUUCAUUGGGAAAGUGGUGAAUCUCUACUCGUACGAUGCAACAUCAACGCAUGCGGCAGAUUUCGAAGUGCGGAAAAUUCUCAAGGGAAGCAAGUUCGUGGAAGAGGUUUUGGAAAUGCAGUCUUCCCCACUGGUGAUAGUUUAUGGCUUUGGCGAGAAGAUGCAUUGUCUCUCGCCAGUAAAUCCAGGAGAAGUUCAUAUGGUAUUCAUGGUUUACGCAAAUGAAUCUCGUGCGCUUAUAGCCAGAUACGAAGAUGUAUUUGGGGCCACCGCACCGGCUACGGCCAAGAACGAGGAAGAAAAAGUUUUCAUUCGUUACGGAUGCUAUGGGUAAAAUCAGCGUCGGGGAACCACUGCUUGUGUCGUCCAUAGAGAGAUACGAGGUUGAGGUCAGCGAGUUGUACUUCGUACCAGAUCCCGGCGCAUCAAGACAACAAUGCGACCCUCCAAUAUUCAAACCAGUCUUUCACGCUCACGAAAUAGAAGGUAGUGGUGGAGUUAGUGCUUCGGAAAUCUACGGGAAAGAAGGCUCCGGUACGCCAAAUUAUGUUGAAGAUUCUGAAAAUGAAGUCGAGAUCUCUUGGUCGGAAUGGUCACAAUGCUCUAAGACUUGCGGUAAAGGCCGAAGGCAACGCUUAAUGACGUGUAAUUUCGAAAACGGUCGGCCAACAGAAGAGUGCCUUCAAGCCCUCCAAACGUUUGAGGUCAAAGAUUGUUACUUACAAGACUGCCCAGCCAAGUGUGAUCUUCCGUGUUUAAACGGCGGAUUCUGUAUCAGUCGUAAUAAAUGUCGCUGUCAGCCUGGUUACCAUGGUGACGUCUGUGAAAAAGUGGAGUGCAAGAUUCAUUGUCGUAAUGGCGGCACUUGCGUGGGACCCUACAAGUGUAAUUGCCCGUCAGGAUAUGGGGGAACACAGUGCGAGAAAGUACUGUGCACUCCACCAUGUCAAUAUGGCGGCAGGUGUAUCAAGCCCAAUGUGUGUCAAUGUUUUCAUGGUUUUACGGGGCCGUAUUGCAGACCCUCCUGCAGCCCGCCUUGCCUCAAUGGCGGCGUGUGCGUGGGUCCAAACGAAUGUCGCUGUGCCAAAGGUUUCACUGGAGAAUCUUGCCUUCAAGCAUUAUGCAACCCGCCCUGCAUGCAUGGCGGCGUAUGCUAUCAGCCAAACAAAUGCUCCUGUCCAUUCGGCUGGCACGGAAAGAGCUGCGAAAAAGCGCGUUGUUAUCCGCAUUGUCGAAAUGGUGGGACCUGUUGGAGAGGAAAAUUCUGCCUUUGUUCCAAGGGAUAUUAUGGUUAUUACUGCCAAAACAUUCUCGCUUUAAGGUCGUAUUAGUGGGAAGGCACGAGAGUCAAUGAACAAGACAAUAAGACAAAUCCCAAGAAACGUUCCUUUAAUUUCCCAAAGGGAAGAAGAUAAUAAAAUCUUUAAGUUUAACUUAUGUUUCACAAAAAGGAAGGAAAUUUUCUCACAAAGUCUCGGCAUUAUAGAUGCUUUUAAGAUGUUGGACCAAAAAAAUGAGUCUGGAUAGGUCUACAACUGCAAGCGCCCCAAAGAUUUCUGCUUCCUUUUUGCGUGACUGCGUGACACGUAAUUCCCUGUGUGACAGAUUGCGAUUUUAAUACGCGUUUCCCUUAAAUAAUUGUCGCAUCAUUUUUAGAGAAACUAACUAACUAAAAGCGCUUGUACAUAGAUACUGCCGUUCGGUAGGUUCGUUUGUUAUUCAGGAUAACAUCAGUUUGGAAAGUUCUGCAAUCAGAUUUGUAAAUAGUCGCAAACGGUACGUCGUGAAACAAUUGUCCGACUUUUUGUCUGGGACGAAAUAACUGAUAUCAAACGCAAAUUCGUUUUGUUUGCAAUCUCUCUCGUAAUGUUAUGGAGGAAAAUAAAAUUGAAGAAUAGUUUAACGCU